AUGGAGGUCACCACGGAGAGGUCGAAGAUCAUGGUGAACAGCACGACCAAAACUAGCGCAGGCAUCACCACGAACGGCGAGAAGCUAGAAGAAGUGAUCAGCCUCAAGUACAUAGGCGCAUACCUGUCCAAACUUGGUACCAGUACCACUAAGGUCCGAAUAAGAAUUGCCAUGGCAACCACAGCAAUGGUGAGAAUGAGCAGGUUUUGGACAAGCAGUUCCAUAAGCUUCCCCAACAAGUAUAGGUUCUACAAGUCCAUCGUAGUGGACACUACACAAGGCACGACUCUCUGUGCAAGACUGUUCUCCAGGCGCGCAGGUUUGAUCCCUGGUGAGACGCAGGAGGAUCCUAGUCAGGUCACAACCCAUAGUACUGGGGACCUCUCCGCUGCUGAACAGCUCACUGCCCAGACAAGGAGUGCUACUUCGACACUACCAGGCGAGAUGAAGGAUGAAGAGGACCCGCUUCUGGAAUUACUAAGAGAAGAAGAACAAACUGAGCAAAUACACGACCUGCCGCAGCCCAAAGCCAAUCAGGCCGCAGUGGAACAACGACAACCAAUUGACUGGCCGAAGACCACAGACAAAAGAGCCUGGAACGACUUAGACAAGGAGCUAGAUGCCAUACUGACAUCCACCAUGCGAGGACCAGUAGAUAGGAAGUUAAAGUGCAUGACAACUCUAGUCUACACGGUGGCUAAGGAGCGAUUUGGCACCAAGAAAACACGUCGACCAAAGCCCCAGCAGACACCCAACAGGAGACAGAGUCGCAAGAAACAGAUUAGAGGAGAGCUGAAGAGCCUCAACAAGGCAUACAAGAAGGCAAGUCAAGAAGAGAGAUUGGGCCUCCAGGAGCUACGAGACAUUCUCAGGAGAGAGCUACAGACUUUUAGGAAGGCUGAGAAUGCGAGAACGGCGAGAAGAAGAAGGGCACAAAAGAGAGCGGAGUUUGUAUCUAACCCAUACAAAUUUUCCAAACAACUUCUGGACAAAGAAAGGUCAGGCCAAUUAGAAACCAGUAUGGCAGACAUCGAGGAACACCUCAUACAGGUUCACUCAGAUCCAGACAGGUUAAUACCACUCGGGGAUUGCCCAAGACUAGAACAUGUCGUACCCCCAACAUCCCCACUGGAAUGUAAAGAGCCCUCGCUCUUAGAGGUGAAAGAAGGUGUGAGGAAAGCGAGAAUGGGAUUAGCCCCAGGACCAAACAAGAUACCAUAUAAGGUCUACAAGAUGUGCCCUCUCCUGCUACGUAGACUAUGGAACCUACUUAAGGUGAUCUGGAGGAAGGGGAUAAUACCUGAUGAGUGGCUACAUGCCGAAGGUAUAUUUACUCCAAAGGAGAAGAACUCCAAACACAUCAGCCAGUUCAGAACAAUAUCUUUGCUAAACGUUGCAAUCAGCCAGCUCAUUAGAGAAGCAAAAGUGAACAAAUCAGACCUGACUGUAGUAUGGCUAGACCUUGCAAACGCCUACGGAUCUAUUCCACAUAAGCUCAUCGAAUCAGCCCUCCAGUACUACCAUAUCCCUGAACACAUUCAAGGGAUGAUCAAUGCGUACUUCAGUGGAAUGAAACUGCGCUUCAUGGUUGGCGAGAAGAUGACAGCUUGGCAGAGACUGGAGAAGGGAAUAGUGACCGGGUGUACCAUCUCAGUUGUCCUGUUUGUGAUGGGCAUGAACCUCAUAAUCAACCCUGCAAACAAAGAAACCCGCGGGCCUAAGACAUCUACAGGGUUACACCUGCCAACAAACAGAGGCUUCAUGUACGAUCUAACAGUGACAACACAGACACACAUACAAGCAAGAUGGGUACUGAAAGUAUUGGAGGAGGCAGCCACCUGGGCUAGAAUGAAUUUCAAAUCCAAGAAGUCCAGAAGUCUGGUCAUCAAGCGCGGAUCAGUCACAAAACGGUUGACCCUACAAGUCCAAGGGGAAGACAUACCAUCAAUUAUGGACAGUCCCAUAAAGUGCCUGGGCAAGUGGUUUGAUUCGAGCCUUAGUGACAAAGCAAACGUAGAGCGCAUCAGAUCACAGCUCCAGGAAGGGCUGAAACAAAUUGACAAAUCCGCUUUACCAGGAAAGUUCAAGGCAUGGCUCUUCCAGAAUGCACUUCUCCCCAGACUGAUGUGGCCCCUUAUGCUAUAUGAAAUACCGACAUCCUCUGUCGAAUGCUUGGAGAGAAAGAUCAGCAAACACCUGCGCCGAUGGCUGGGAAUACCACAAAGCUUUACCAGCAUCGGAUUGUAUGGGCGAUCGAACCAGCUACAACUCCCGCAAUCAUCACUAGUGGAGGAGUUCAAAGUUGCAAAGACACGACUGGUAGUGACGCUCAAGCAAUCGCAGGACAGUUCAAUUCGAAAUGCUGGGAUUGAAACUAGGACAGGGAGAAAGUGGUCAGCAAGCCAAGCAGUCGAACAUGCCGAGAAAAGACUCCAGCAAAAAGACAUUGUCGGCAUCACAGCUGUAGGCAGACAGGGGCUAGGCAGCUCCAAGAUAACAUUAUGGAGCUCUGCUGGAAACAUGGAAAGGAGGAGAAUGGUGCAAGAUGAAGUCAGAGCAGCAGAAGAAGAAGACAGAAGAGCGAAAGCUGUGGCUAUGGGUGCCCAAGGUGCGUGGACGAAGUGGACAACGACAGAAAGAAAACUGACCUGGGCUGAUAUUUGGAGCUACGAACCACUGAGGAUAGCGUUCCUGCUCAGAUCAGUCUAUGACCUGCUACCGUCACCCUCAAACCUGCACAGAUGGGGUCUACAGGAUCACCCCAAGUGCCAAUUGUGUGACAAGACAGGAACCAUGGAACAUAUUCUGUCAUCGUGUACCACAGCCCUCACCCAAGGACGCUACAGGUGGAGUCACGACAGUGUUCUUCAGGAACUUGCUGACAAGUUGGAGCGCGAGAGGACCAAGAAGAGGCCCAGACAGAAACCCCAAAUGAUUCAGUUCGUGAAGGAAGGACAAAAGGCGUCUAAAAAACUGCAGCCUACCAGUUCUGUAUUAGAUGAAUCUGAAAGUGGGAAAUGUCUGUUGACCUGA